GCUGUUCGCAGGGCACUCGGCGUUAGAAACAACUGGGCUUUGUUUGGUUGUGUGCUGUUUCGCUCUGAGUGCUGUUGGGGGAUGCUGGCUGCCUGACUGUGCCGCAGCUGCCAUCGCCGCGCCCGGGACGCGAAUGAAGAAACUGCUUCUCCUGCUCUUCAACUAUCGGGGACUCACGCGAGGCGGGGGACGCAAAGGGAAACGCCGUCGAAAAUGGCCUCGUUCCAUAUCCGUGCCGCGCGGCCCGAGGACUGUGCCGACCUGCUGCGCCUUAUAAAGGAGCUUGCUAAAUACGAAGAAAUGGAGGAUCAAGUAGUACUGACUGAGAAAGAUCUGCUUGAGGACGGCUUUGGAGAACAUCCUUUCUACCACUGUCUCGUUGCAGAAGUGCCAAAAGAACACUGGACACCUGAAGGCUACAGUAUUGUGGGCUUUGCUAUGUAUUACUUUACUUACGAUCCAUGGAUUGGAAAACUGCUGUAUCUUGAAGACUUCUUUGUGAUGAAUAAGUUCAGAGGUUUGGGCAUUGGUUCAGAAAUUCUGAAGAAUUUAAGUCGGAUGGCUGUUAAAUGUCGUUGCAGCAGUAUGCACUUCUUAGUGGCUGAGUGGAAUGAGCCUUCCAUCAGGUUCUACAAGAGACGAGGAGCUUCUGACCUGUCAUCUGAGGAAGGGUGGAGACUCUUCAAGAUAGACAAAGAGUACUUGAUGAAGAUGGCAACUGAAGAGUGAGGAGUUGUCAGGAUAAUAGCCAUUUCCAUCCAAUAAUUUCUCUUUGUGUCUUCCUAUAUUGUUUUCCAUCUAUGUUGUAAUGAAAUAGUUAAUAUGGACCCUAAUUCAAAAGCUUUAUUACCAGUGGCAUAAAUAUGAUUGUUUGCCAGAGUUUUGGGACUCCAAUCCCACAGGCAGUGAUAGAGAGUCAAGUGAUUUGCCUGUCUCCAUCCUCCCAUUUAGUACACUUGUGAUCCUAAAAUGUAUAUUGUAUAUAACUUCAUUCUGGUAAGUGUCAUUCAAAUGUGUACAGUGUACACACUGGUAGGGUUUUUUCUUAAUUAUUUGCAUUCAUAAGAAAAUAAACUGGUUUUCAUGUUGGUGACCACAAA